AUGGUUCCCCUACGUAUUGGAUAUGUCCGCGAGCACUUCUGCUCCCCGCUCCUCCAGUUCGAGGCGGACGAUAAGGGCGAGACGUUCACCCUUGUCGAGUGCCCGAGUGGUACCGGCCAGCUCAUCUCCCGCCUCACGAACGACGAGAUAGAUGUCGCUAUCGCCUUGACCGACCCCCUGAUCUCCGGCAUAGCCAAGGGCUCGCAGGCAUACAAGCUCGUCGGCAGCUACGUCUCGACGCCUCUGAACUGGGCGGUCAUCACGGGCAAAGAUACGCCAUACAAGACCAUCCCCGACCUCAAGGGGACAACACUGGGUAUCUCACGGCCGGGGAGCGGCAGCCAAACGAUGGCGUACGUCAUGGCCCUCCAGCAAGGCUGGCCUACAGACGACCUCAAGUUCCAAGUCAACAACGACAUCCACGGCCUCGUCACCUCCGUGAAUGAUGGCUCAACGAGCGCCUUCAUGUGGGAGUGGUUCACCACGAAGCCGUGGUUGGACCGCGGGGAGGUCCGCUUUAUCGGCUCCGUCCCAACGCCUUGGCCGUCCUGGAUGAUCGCGGCGCACCCCACGCGUGCCGCGCCCGAUGCGCUGUCGGCAUUCCUCUCGUCGCUGACGAAGUAUGUGGUGGACUUCAACAAUGACGAAUCGCGCGCAACAAAGAACGUGCCCUUCAUCAAGGAGAAGUUCGGGUACCCGGAGGAGGAUAUCAAGGCCUGGAUGAAGACGGUCGGAUACCCUCCGGAUUGCGGAGCUGUGUCCGAAAAGGUGGUGAAGGAGACACUUAGCACCCUGGAGAAGGCUGGAGUCGUCAAGAUCCCAGAGGGAGGGUUUAAUGUGGAGACCUUCGUGAACACGGCGGUGGCGAAGCUGGUAUGA